AUGUUUCGGCGUGCUGUAUUCCGGUUGGAAAUAUAUUUGUUUUCUGGAUGCAUGAAGGAUUUCGGUAAUCUGAUUCAGAAUGGUAAAUUGGGAAAGCCUCUCCAUCAAAAUUUCAUAAGAAAGAAACACACAGGAAGGAAGCCACAGAAAUAUGCAAAAAAUGUCGCUUUACACUCGGACUUUCAUGAAAAGGUUAAUCGAUGGAAAGAAUUGCUAAAAAACGAAGUUGCGUCUGGUGUCAAAGAAAUCCGGGAUCUUCUGCUCAAUCCGUCGAUUGACGAACUGGAAAAACUAGGCCAGAUUUCGGGAGAACUUCAUUUCCAAACUCAGUAUUUACAUGCGUUGCACGGGCGUGUCAUUGUCUUACACCAAAUAAAAGGAAUAGAGCAGAAAGUCAUGAAAAAAACUUUUCGUCCAGGUACGCCUGUGUUGUUAUGCCGAAUUCCAGAGCUUACAUGCGUUAGCGAUUGUACUGUAAUUUCAUACUCUGGAAAUCAAGUGAAUCUGAAGAUAAAAGCAAAAAAAGAACUGAAUAUUGAUUCUUCUGAUGAAUUUGUAUUAGUGCCAUCUGUUGGACUAGGAUAUCUGAUAGCUUUAGAUGAAUUUCUGGAAUUGAAAUGGAGAGAUUUUCCAGGCGAAAAAUUGAUCCAUUAUGUUUAUUGUAGUUUACCUUUACCGAUAUCAAAGCCAGAUGAAGUUUCUAAAAAAGCGGUUAGACUCAAUGAGGACCAAAGACGUGCUGUAGCUGCUGCAUUAAACAAAAGUCGACCAAUUGUGACCAUUCAUGGUCCACCUGGUACAGGAAAGACGGCUGUUAUUGCGGAGAUUGUGGUGGAAGCUGUCAGUAGGAAGCAAAAGGUACUUAUUUGUGCCCCUUCAAACGUUGCAGUAAAUAAUAUUGUGAGUCGAUUAAAGGACUUGGCUGGAAUAUGUGCACUGGGAUUUAAUUCAGAACUAUCAUUGGCCAAUGAAUUGGAGCAACAUGACAAAUUCAUUGAUAUUCAAUUUGCUUUCGAAAAAUUGGAUUCAAAAGAAGGUAGCGGAAUAUCCGAAAAUAAUCGUGAUGAAAAUAAAAAAGCAUGGCAUGAUGCCAGUAAGAUGUUAUGGCAAUUAAAAGAGAAUAUUGUAAGUCGUAAACAAGUGAUUGUAUGUACAUUAACCAAUAACUCACUGCGAUUCCUUCGUGAACAAGGUUUUCAACCGAAUUUGACAGUAAUAGAUGAAGCUGCACAAGCUUUGGAAUGUGUUGCAUGGUACUCGUUGCUUUUAUCUCCAAGGGCUGUAAUUGUUGGUGAUCCAUGGCAAUUACCACCGGUUUUGAAAACUUCAAGAAUAUCGGAAGUGGAUGACAUCAAUAACUCAUUAAUGGAUACUUUGUCCAAGAGAUUUGGUGAAGCUAAUUCGUUCAUGUUAACAGAGCAGUAUCGUAUGAAUAAGAAAAUUAUGGAUUGGCCUUCUUCAUUUUUUUACAAAUCACAGUUGCGCCCGAAUGAACGUAUUGCUGAUCAGCUUUUGAGUGAUAUAAGCGAAGUGCCUAAAGGAAGUUUAUUCGAUGAACCAAUGAUAUUCGUUGACACAAGCCAUGAUAAAUCAAAAGAAAGUAAAGAAAAGCUAUAUCGAUACUCCUAUGCAAAUGCGUAACAGUUUAUGUUUCUGGAUAUUCGAGAAUUUAAAUAUAAGUCAUUUGCAGUAGAAGCGAAAUUAAUCAUCAAAUAUGUUAAUGCAUUGAGCAUAUUUGGUGUACAAGAAGAAGACAUUGGUAUUAUAACACCGUAUGUUGCACAGGUGGAUAUGUUGAAGAAAUCAUUAAAAACUGGCAGGGUGAACAGCGUGGAUGCCUUUCAAGGUCAGGAAUGUGAAGUAGUCGUUAUGUCAUUGGUCAGAAAUAAUAGCGCCGGUCGAAUUGGAUUUCUGAAAGAUGAACGACGCCUCAAUGUUGCUGUGACGAGAGCUCGUCGGCAGUUUGUCCUGGUGGGUAAUGCAACAAUGAUGAAGCAUGCAAAGCACUUGCAGUCUCUUAUGGAAUAUAUGCAAAGUCAUGGCAAGGUCGUUAAACAAGAGGAAUUAAUUAAGCACUUGGCUAUCAGUAGGAAGCAUUCCAAAAAAAAUUCAAAAGCAAGUGCUACGGAAAUCAAAGUCGAUAUUUGA